UACAUACUCAAAUUGCAAGGCCAAAGCAGAACAGCACAUCAACAUCUGCCAACGUUUUAAAACCAAAUUUUGUUUGAGAUAAAGGGGGAGGUCUUGCUACAAAACAGCAAUAUAUGAACAGAAAUGGAGUUUGAAUGCCACUUUUCAAUCUGGGGACUUCUAGCCUUUAUGACUAUGGGUCUGAUUGUUUCAUUGGUCAUAAAUAUUUCAUACUGCAUAGCAAACAAGCAAAAAGGUUACACGUACAGAGACUAUCAAGAAUAUAAUCCAAGCUAUGAAGAUGAUUAUACUGAAGAAUGCCCAGUUUAUGGCAACCUCAAUCAGGAGAUUUUAGAUGAAUGUUGCUAUGAACAAAUGAAGGCCCACCCGCGGAGAAACGCUAAUGAAGUAAAGGUGGACGCUGAAGGUCAGAUGUGCUAUGCCUCCCUCGAUCACAGCAUCAAGGAAAAACACAGGAAGCCUAGGAAAAAGAAAGCUCCUCCGUUAGAAGUGAAUGAAGAAGAGAUGCCAUCUAAAAACAGCACCCUGGCUUCCCAAACUAGCAUUUAUCUCAACAGUGACCAGCUGGCCGCUGAAAAUAAACCAACAGAGGAAGCCAUUCAUGAUGACCCUAUCAGACUGUUUGGCUUGAUUCAUGCAACAUAGGAAAAGACUCCUAAAGAGGAUCCCUGAUCCAAAUGAUCACAGAAGAUAAAGUAGAUCUUUCACUUGUUUAUGUUGUGGGAAAGAGACUGAAUAAAUAGUAUCCUGAAUUUGGGAGAAUAGCUUGGUAAAUGAAACACUGAUCAAUGGUAUAAAUGGGUAAGUGAUGCAUUCAAAUUGCUGGGCAUAACUGCAAACUAAUUUAGGUCAGCAGGUAGCAGGAUUUUAGACACAGACUGCUAAUUUUUAAAGCAACCCAAAGAAGAGCUGGCCGCCUUCAUAUGUAUCUAUUUUGUAAAGGAGUUACAAAAGCCAAGUAUCUCUCAGAAUUUGCCCCCAAAUUAGCAAUUAUCCUGCAUACUUUAUAGCAGGACUUACUUCUUCAUUUCUGUUGUCCAUGGAUCCCACUUCAAGGGAUCUAAAAUGGGCCACAUGGCCCUCUGUAGAAAGCUAGCAUAUUUUGUCUGUUAUUCUAUGUUGUUUCAGUAGUAGUUUGGGAAAUCAGAGGCACUUUAAGACUGACAUAUUUAAUAGUUAAAACUUGUUCUGCUGUUCAAUAUUUAAUACUUUGCUACUGUGACCUGCAGUAAUAUUUAAGGUUAAUUAGAAAAUGAUGUAACUGCUUCAGUUCAUUUCAUUAGUGCUUUGUACAUCCAGCAAAUUUAAUGAUAUCCCUUGUAUACUCUUAGCUUCCUAUGGUGAACAGUACUAGAAUCUCAAAUCUCUACUUCUGUACCAAUAACAUUUUAUCUGUCUGUAUUCAACAGUCU